AUGCCCUCUUAUUCUAUGCUCCUCCAACCGACUUCCAGUGGCACUGAUCGAAAUCAUCGCCAACGAUCGACUCGGUCAAAAGGGUAUGCGAGCUACAACGAGCGUGUACUCGACUCGACUUGACAUCAUGCGCUGACCGGCGCUCCUCUCCGUCCUUCCUUGCUAUUACAUCCUCUUAACGACGAUAACGAACCGAUAUCUAGUUCGCGUCAAGUGCGAGUGAGCCCAUCUCAACACGAAACUAAUCGCUCUCGACUGGAUAGACUCUCUGAUCCUGCCCUUUCCCCACUCUUUCCGUCCACCCUUUCCAGCUCGGAGGAUACCGUCGGCGAUCUCAAAAAACUCAUCGCCGCACAAACCGGAACAAAAGCGUGCGUACGCUCUACAAUCACGAGCAUUUCAUCGCCCAGCACAUAUUGAUCACACCUCUUCCCCUCAGUGAAAAAAUCGUGCUCAAGAAAUGGUGAGCCUAGGAGAUCGCACUCGUUCCGAAACGAGCAGUCUGUAGCUGAUUCUGACCCAAUCACAGGUACACCAUUUACAAGGACCAGUUGAGUCAUAUCUUGUCUACGAUGGAAUACAUGAUAUUUGAAACUGACGUACCCAUGACGCGUUUCAUAGCAUCACACUGGCCGAUUACGAGGUCGGUCUCCAUUCCCGGCUGCAGACCCUUCCUCCUCACCGCUGACACCGUUCCCCUUCCUGGUCAUCCUGACCAGAUCAACGAUGGCAUGUCACUCGAAAUGCAAUAG